AUGAGUCCUCCACUGCUCAAGCUUGGUGCUGUCCUUAGUACCAUGGCAAUGAUCUCUAACUGGAUGUCCCAAACGCUCCCAUCACUGGUAGGACUAAAUACCACCAGGCUAUCCACUUCUAAUACUCUAUCACACAGAAAAGACUUAUUUCAGAACCCCAAAGAAGGUUGGCAAGUCUAUAGUUCUGCCCAAGACCCAGAUGGGCGAUGUAUUUGCACCGUGGUUGCACCAGAACAAAACCUCUGCUCCAGAGAUGCCAAAAGCAAGCAGCUUAGACAACUUCUAGAGAAGCAGGUUCAGAAUAUGUCCCAGUCCAUUGAAGUUUUAAACCUACGGACUCAGAGAGAUUUCCAGUACGUUUUAAGAAUGGAAACACAAAUGAAAGGGCUGAAGGCCAAGUUCCGGCAAAUAGAAGAUGACCGGAAGACCUUAAUGACAAAGCAUUUUCAAGAAUUGAAAGAAAAGAUGGAUGAACUCCUGCCAUUGAUACCAGUUCUGGAACAGUACAAAACUGAUGCUAAGUUAAUCACCCAGUUCAAAGAGGAAAUUAGAAAUCUGUCUUCGGUCCUCACUGGAAUCCAAGAGGAAAUUGGUGCCUACGAUUAUGAGGAACUCCAUCAGCGAGUACUCAGUUUGGAAACCAGGCUUCGAGACUGCAUGAAAAAACUUACAUGUGGCAAAUUGAUGAAGAUCACUGGCCCUAUUACAGUCAAGACAUCUGGAACUCGGUUUGGAGCUUGGAUGACAGAUCCAUUAGCCUCAGAGAAAAAUAACAGAGUCUGGUACAUGGACAGUUACACCAACAACAAAAUAGUCCGUGAAUACAAAUCGAUAGCAGACUUUGUCAGUGGUGCUGAGUCAAGGACAUACAAUCUCCCUUUCAAAUGGGCAGGAACCAACCAUGUGGUCUACAACGGAUCUCUCUUUUUCAACAAAUACCAGAGCAACAUCAUCAUUAAGUACAGCUUUGAUACCGGUCGGGUGCUUGCUCAACGUAGCCUGGAGUAUGCUGGCUUUCACAACGUCUACCCAUACACUUGGGGUGGCUUCUCAGAUAUCGACUUGAUGGCAGAUGAAAUUGGCUUGUGGGCCGUAUAUGCGACCAAUCAGAAUGCAGGCAACAUCGUCAUCAGUCAGCUGAAUCAGGAUACAUUAGAAGUGAUGAAAAGCUGGAGCACUGGAUAUCCAAAGAGAAGUGCCGGGGAAUCCUUCAUGAUCUGUGGCACCUUGUAUGUCACCAAUUCUCACUUAACUGGAGCCAAGGUCUACUACUCCUAUUCCACAAAAACCUCCACGUACGAAUACACAGACAUCCCCUUUCAUAAUCAGUAUUUUCAUAUAUCCAUGCUUGACUACAAUGCCAGAGAUAGGGCUCUAUAUGCCUGGAAUAAUGGGCACCAGGUCCUGUUCAAUGUCACCCUUUUCCACAUAAUUAAAACAGAAGAUGACACAUAA